AUGAAUCUUUCUCCGUUUAAGAGAGAUAUCGAUGAACUCAUAGACGAGUUUGUGGAGGGUGAUUUUACCAGUUUUGCUGAUAUGAAGCGGGUGUGGCUAUCCCGAAUGUUUUCUUAUAUAUACGACGCCAUUCCUAACAAGAAACUAGCCUUUGUCAUGCAGUCACUAUAUGCUCAUUCCAUUGGUCACAUGGUUAGUAUUGAUUCUUUUUCACGGAGACUUGGAGGUCUUUACUGUCUCUAUUGCCUUCAUGAGGUCCAACCUUUCAAACCCAUGUUCAGGAUUUUUAUCUCACUUCACGAGCUUGGGAAAUUUAGGGAUCUAGUCGUUGAGGCAAAAGAUAAAGGCGUAGAGAUAGCUACUGCCGUGGCGAAACAAAUGCUUGAUAAAAACGUGUUUAUAUUUGGAGCUGUGGAUUUAAAUGAAGCGUCUUCAACUGAGAAACUCAAUCAUUUAACAGAGCUACAGAAUGCACGAGUGCGGUUAGCCUAUAAAAAAUUAAUCUCUGACACUGAGAUUGAGAAAUUUAUACAUAUGGAUAUGGGUAAUGAAGUUGAUCUGAGUUCUCUACAUAAAAUGUCUAUAGAAUAUGCAAAGGCCAAGAUGCGCGCAAUAAAAGUUGCAGGAGAAAUAGUGGAGAUUGAGAACAUAAAGCACAUAUCGGAAGAGAAAGAAUUGAUGGGAGAGAGUGUGGAGAAACUGAAGGAGGAAUGGGAUUCACAAAGAGUUUCGUUUUAUGAACAAACCAAGCUCAAUUGUCUUACUACGACUCAGAAACAAGUGGAAGAUGAUAACAAUGAUGAAGAUGAGGGGUUUGAUGAGCUUGAUCGCCUACUUUCUGAGAGCUGA